GCGCUCUCGUCGCUCCUCGUUUUCCCCACGACUUCGAAAAGUUCAAAUGGUAGAUGCCACUAAUGUUGAAGACGAAUAUGACUUGUUCGAUGACUUCUCUGACCUGACAGAAGAACAACUUGCACAAAUUGACGCCGCUACCUCUUCCGCAUCGGCAUCAACUCCAAAGAGUAUCCCUCACGUACAAGUUGAGCUGGAAGGAACCGAUAUCUCGACCGAGACGUGCAAUGACCCCAACGGUGAUACUCAUAGGCCAAACGAAUCCGAGCGGGUUUCCCCUUUGCAGCAAUUCCGCAAGAACAAUAUCCUUUCUGUGACCGACCUAGUCUCACCUUCAUGGUGUGAAGUGCAAUUUGAUUAUGGGCUGCGACAACUGCGACAUCGGAAACUCAAGGAUCGACCAGCAUCUUUUGUAACAGACCAAGGGAAAGAGAUUAUCGUUGACAAGGGUGUAGCAGCGAAAUCUGACGCCACAAAGAAGAAAGGAGUGUCUGUGCACAAGAGAUUGGAACGAGAGAUCCGACCGGAAGAGAUCAAAGUACAAGUCACUACCGAAGAAGAAAGGUGGGGACUGCGGUAUAAUAAUUUCCCAGCAUCUGUUCUUCAAAUAUUCAAACUAAUAUCUCUAUCUAGAAUGAUAAAUAUGAUUGAUUGUAUCGACUCUCUAUUGUUGUUAGGUUGCGCUCGUGAAACACCUGUAUUUGGCCUUAUAGAGGGAAAUAUAGUUGUGGGGAUUAUUGACGAGAUCACCUUUUCGCAAGCAUCACCUUCGUCUCCUAAUCACGACAAGAAGCGCGGAUUUCAAUCUUCGCCAUCCACCCCUCAAAAGCCCAAACGAACUCGUCGGUCUCCUUCCCCCUCUCAGUCUCGAAUCACGUCAUUCUUGUCUCCUGCCAAGGCCUCCAUCACUCUUUCCACUUUGGAUCCACCAUCUUCAUCUAGUAACCAUCACAGUCCACCUACUCUUCACUUGAUCGAUACCAAAACUCGACGAACAAAUUCGUUACCUGGAGACGAAGACACACUGCCCUCUCGCUUUCAGCUUAUGCUCUAUCAUCGCAUGCUAACAAAACUUAUGGCUACAACGGACGCUUUCGAUUUUUCCUCCUUCUGGCAGAAACUGAAACUUGAUGAUGUCGCAUCAUUUUCUCAUACGUUUCUUGCCCAAACUUUACUGACAUCAGAAACAAACUGUCUUCACCAUCUUACUGAUCUGUGGCAUAUUGCAGUAUCUCGAUUGAACGGGGCAAAGAUUGAUUCCACUCUUCAACUAGUUUAUCGCUUGCAACCAAAUCGACAACGAAGUUUUCGAAAGAGUCAGAAAGGAUCAUUCACCUCUUCACGGGAGGAAAUUGAAAUUGCAAAAGCAAUUGAGGACAGUAUGCGAGACUUUCAACUUAAAUCGAAGGACGAGCAACAACUCGCCCAAGCCCUGGCUCAUAGUGUGACUGAUCCAGAAGUGGGUAGCUCGGUGACCGAACAGGAGAAGAAUCUUGUCGAUGAUCCUGAGCUGCUGUGGGCGUUAGAGCAGUCGUUGUUAACGCGUCUUAAUGACAACGGACUCGAUUCCACUGCUCAGUCCCAGGACAUUCAGAGACCAUCACCUAUAGACAAUGCCACGCAGCAUCAAUCGUUUGGUAAUCAUCACUCUGAUAUCAUUGGAACAAAGGAAUUCGAGUUUGACGCUAAGUGUCUUGACGAAUAUCUGGAAGACAUCUUGAAGUGGUGGAAUGGGGACCGCAAACCCCGAGGUGUCUCUCUAGAACAGUCGGGACGGUGUUUCUCUUGUGAGUACCGUUUUGGAUGUGAAUGGCGCGAGAAGAAGGCCAGAGAAGUAGAGGAGGGAUUGAAACUUCGGAGGCAACAGAAAGACGUCAUUUGACCGCGCACAAUACUGUUAUCUAUAACCACAGUCUACUCGAUAUUUAAUUAUUCGUAUUUAUCUGGAUUAGCAGCGCG